UCCAGAGGCCUUGCCCACAGGGCAAAGCUGGACAGCAAUGGCGCACUGCUGAGCUUUACUGAGAAACUAGAAGCAGCUUGCAUGGGCACGGUGGAGUCUGGAAAAAUGACCAAGGAUCUAGCUCUUCUGAUCCACGGACCCAAGGUUAGGAGGGAUCAGUAUGUGAAUACAGAAGAGUUCAUUGAUGCGGUGGCGUGGGAGCUGAGAAGAAGAUUGUUAGGCAACUCCAGGUUGUGAGAAGAAAAAAAUUUUAACUCUGAAAAGCGUGGUCUUUGAUUUGAUGCCUUUCCAGUAUCUAUCCCACCUUCAUUAGUAUCCUAUAUAAAACUGUAUGUAUAGAAACUUAAGCCUGAGAAAGGGGCAAGCAAUUGCAUAAAUAAAAGAGAGAAAGAAAUAUGCUGUAAACUUAAUUUACCCAGGAACUCAGAAUUUCCCAAAGCCCUCAUUCAAUCUUUAAAAGAAUGCAGAUCUUUCUUUCUCUCUUGGUUGAAUUACUGUUGUAAAGCUACCAUCAGAUAUGGCUUAUGAUGUUUUCCCUCUCUUGGAGGGGUACUAUGAUCUAAUGAUC